CCUUCAAUUGUCCUGAAUACUUGCUGCUCUUUCCUUAAGCAACAUACGAGUACGACUGUACGAGCGAUAUUUUACUCACACCGCCACCGACGCGACACGUGUGGAGCAAUAUAGGCGUUUUCCUGUCGAGAUAACCUUCUAUUCCUCCACCCUCAUGGCCUACACCCCCCUUGCCCUCAUUUACAGGGCCUUGGUCACUGUGGUCAUCUCCUGGUUGUUGCUGGUGGUACGGGCCGAUGGGUUCAUGCAACAGUCGUUCAGCUUUUCCUGGGAUAGCAAUUUAGCAGUCCCGGUACCCGUAACGACGCAGUGCGAUACGCUGAAUAUUCAGUGGUCACGAGGAACAAAUACUGGGCCUAACCCAGUUGCCCCUUAUUAUCUUCAAAUCUAUACAUCUGCCUUUGUCUAUCCUUUUAUAGUUGCCGCAGGAAGUAACCUGAAUUUUAACUUUGCGGUCCCCUUUGGUCCUGGUACUCUAUAUCAAAUAUGCAUGUUCGACAGCCAAGGCAAUACUGGUGGAUGUCAGGCGAUGUAUACAGUGAUCGCCAACACAUCGAGCUCCUCACUUAGUUGCUCAAAUUCUACUCUCUCAUUCCCGCUUGGUCCUCUCGAUGUCGAUGCCGAAGUUGCGAGUGGAGCUCUGAGUCAAUACGGCUGGAUUGAUCAAUGCACAGAUAUCACGGUUACUCCUAAAAACGGCACAGGUCCAUAUACCUUCACGGUCGCUCCUAGUCUUCACCCUCCCCUAAAUAUCACAUCAAAUUCCGCAUCAGCCAUGUCAUGGACAAUCGAUCUGACUUGGGCGUCUCCGUUUUUCAUUUCCGUUGCAGACUCUGCCGGCAAUUAUUGGUCAUACGGGCCAUUACAUUCUGGAGAAGGUAGCAGCUCGUGUUUAGCAAGUUCUAGCGGUGGUUCAAUCUCGGCUGGUACAAUUGCAGGUGCAUCAGUAGGAGCAUUGGUAGUGGGACUCCUUGUCGGCGCUUUGGGCGCUUUCUGUCUCUUCCGAAGGCGGCAAUCGGGGAAAACAUCGUAUGCGGGUCUCGACACUUCAUCGCCUUCUGGAUCUCCCAAUGUUACACCGUUCAAUACCGGGUAUCGCACUGCUCCUUUGGGUGGCCGGCUUCUGGAUUCAACAGCUCUCAAUCGCAGUCCUUCCGGUACAGAAUAUCAAGUCGAACCGUUUGUCCUGCCUGAGCAUAAUACCGGCCCACUAUCGCCUAGCAGUGAGGGACGACAAGACGACCCGAACUCUCAAUCUCGAUCUGUCUACGUCGUUCAUCACGACGGCGGGCGAGCGCCUGUUACAGUAUAUCAUGAAGAUGGUACCGAGGUUGUAGAGCUACCACCGAGGUAUAUUGAUGGAGGGAGCAAUACUGCCUCCAGGCGUAGUGAUGCCCGCAGUAGGAGCGAUACACGGAGUGAAGCGGGUCUCAGUAAUAGCGAUACCCAGUUGAGUACAGAAUUAGCAGCACAGGGAAGCUCGCGGCAGACGAGCGAUGGUCAGAUGCCAUCGUUCCUCCAAUCUCAACGGAACCCGCAAGCAACGCCUAAAAAGAAUGGGUUCCGUCUACAGCCACCCACAUAGGUCUUGAAAGUGAAGGACUUUUUUUUCUCUUUUAUCAAAUUGGUCCUGGGGGAUGUCUACAUUUAAAGCAUAUAUCUUUCACGAAUAGCAUAUUCUUUUCUACUACUGCACAGUGCAAUGUGCGACUAACACAUGGACUGCUCCCCGUAAGAGCUGUAGAGUUCAUCCGUUCAUUUGAAUCUGUAUUUUUCUUCCCCCUCUUCGAAUCUGACACUACUUAUAUCACAUACUACACCUUGGCAUAACAUUAAUCAUUUCAUAUAACCGUUUUCUAAGUUCUUAUCAUGCUUGUAAAGUGGCUGGGAACAUUGGGUGCACUUUACGUGCGGGAGGAUUUCGGCACAUUGCGUCAUCAGAUAUUAUCCAAGCGCCCGUAUAAAUGUCGACUUUGCUUCC